UUCUGUGGUUUCCCCUCACAGAACCAGUCUUGCCCAAUGUGUUGAGCUUCCUGUCAGCUUUAGCUUUGAGAGGGAUGAAGCAAACUGAGGAGUUCAGUCCGGCUGUGAGGAAGACGCUUAAACCUUCGGAGUACCUCUACUGCCACAGUUUGAAAGAGGGAAAUCUUUAGAUCAAGGUGGUUGUUAAACCUGCAUUUCUCAGAGGCCUCAUCAAUGGCAUCCACCGGAAACAUCAGCGUUUCUUUGCAGCCGCCCUCCAGAUCCAUGAGCACCUCUGCCCUGGUCGGGGUCGCCAUCCUGUCUCUGGCAUUUCUGCUGGGCUUUCCUGGGAACUUGUUUGUGGUUUGGUCGGUGCUCUGCCGGGUGAAGAAGCGCUCGGUGACGUGUCUGUUGGUGCUGAACCUGGCGAUGGCAGACGCCUUCGUCCUGCUGAGCGCCCCUCUUUUCCUCAGAUACCUGGCUGGAGGAAGGGGCUGGGAGUUUGGCACCGUGGCGUGCAAGCUGGUGCAUUACCUGUCAAGUGUGAACAUGUACGUGUCCAUUUACCUGAUCUGUCUGAUGAGCAUGGACCGCUGGCUGGCUGUCUCGAGGCCUUUCAUGUCUCAUAGAAUGAGGACCAAGCGCUCGCUCCUGGUUCUCCUGCUGGGAGUUUGGGUGUUAGCGUUCCUGCUGUCACUGCCGAUGCCCUUUUACCGCAGUAAUGUGAAGAAACCGAUGGGGAACGGCACCAUUCUGUACUAUUGCAUACCCUAUCACUGGAGGAGUGUCCCUCACCAGGUUUUCCAGUACCUGUUUGAGACCAUCAUGGGCUGCAUUGUGCCCUUUUCGCUCAUCAGUAGCUGUUACUCGUCGGUCAUAUGCCGCCUGAAGAGCGCCAUGUUCCAGAUCAAAGGGAAGGGCAGCCGCCUCAUCUUGCUCAUCCUCUCAGCUUUUGUUGUUUUCUGGCUGCCUUAUCACAUCAUCAACAUCAUUGAGGUGGCCGGCCUCCUGCAGAACAGUGAGUCAGUGAUCAAAGCUGCUAAGACAGCACGGCCCAAUGUUAUAGCCUUCGCAUACUUCAGCAGUGCCAUCAACCCCAUCCUUUACGUCUUCGCUGGGAGCUCCCACAUUCGCCUGGCUGGGUUUAGUUUCAUGGGCAAACUUUUCGAAGCAACCAACUCUGAGAGCAGAAGCACGUCCAUCUUCAGCCGUGGUCGCAACAGCUCCUCUCCAGAUGAGAUGUCUGUCCUGCACUCGGUGUCGGUUAAACUUGGGAAGCCUUUUAAGAGCAAGAGCAAGGGGAGGAGUAGCAGUGUGGCGGGCAAAGAGGACAACGAGCCGGAGCUGAAGACGCUGGCCACUGUUGAACAGUGUGAAUAAGGACUUGAGAUGUUUCCCAAGGACCAACAAAGACCAAAGUUCAUGAAUCUGUUCUUAAAGAGCUUUUCUGUGCUGGCUAUAAGUCGAGAAACUUCCUGUUAUCAGUGACAACAUCUGUCUUGACUAGAAUUCAUUACCGUUAAAAUAACUAUGUUUGAUUUGAGCGUUAUAAUGCGGAAAGAGGACAAGAUCAUGGAUCAGGGUUGGCACCAACGAUUCAAAAGGGGAUUUCUUUCAAAAAAGCAUCCAUGUGGAUUUAACCCUUGUGCUUUCCAAGGCACUUUAACGUUGGGAGUUGGGUCAUCUGGACCCUGAACCUUUUUUCUUCAAUGAUUUGUGAUCUUCACUGGUGUCCGUGGAGUACAUGAAAUCCUUUUCACCUUUAUCCACCUCUCUCAUGGGAGGGAUAAGAUGUCAAUGUAAGGGUGGGGUCAUUUUGACCCCACAAGAUAGCAGAAGGGUUAAGAAUCCCAUGAUCACAGCAGGAUUUUGCUGAAAUCACCACUCUUCCUUCCACUGAGAAUCACAAUGUUGUGGGUGAUCGAUGUGCAAACAACCAUCAGAGUGAAGGGAAGGAAAAUCUAAAUUAUUAGUCCAGAUAACAUUUUUUCCACCAGCCUCUGGUGCUCUUGUGCAUAAUGUCUGCUCUUUCUGUGGUGGACAGAAGUCAGCAUGGACCCCUGACUGCUCUGCAGCUGGCCCAUUCUGUCCUUCAGUCAUUCAGAUCCUUUUGUAUGAACAUUUAUCUUUUAUAAUUGCAUUUGUAUAUCAACAACUUUGAAGACUGAACUGUUAAAACUUUGUCUAACUCAUCUUUUUCUUGAUGAAGAACAAGCUAAAAUUCUGUAUUUGUAAAUAGUUUAUAAGAAAUUUUAACAUGAAGUUAAAUCCAGUAUUUUUUUUAAAGAUUUUUCAAUCCCUAAUGUAAGCUGUUAAAUAUAUUUUAUAUUUGAUGACUUUUCACAUAAAUAAAAUAGUAAAAUAAAGAUUUUCCUUGUACAUAUCUGUAACAA